CAAUUACGCAGCCUGUCUACAUUUCUCCUCUCCAUUAAGUUCCUUUCCUCCACUACGAAGUCAUCGACCCCCACUACGAAGUCUUCGACCCUCACAAAAACGAGCCCACACGCAGAGAGAGGGGCAGUGAGAGGUUUGCAAAUAUGGGGCAUGAGAACGAGGUUGGGGAGGAGUACUUGUACAAGAUAGUGUUAAUAGGUGACUCUGCAGUGGGCAAGUCCAACCUCUUGUCCCGCUUUGCUCGCAACGAGUUUGAUACCAACUCCAAGGCAACUAUUGGGGUGGAGUUUCAGACCCAGGUGGUGGAGAUUGACGGCAAAGAAGUCAAGGCCCAGAUCUGGGACACUGCUGGCCAAGAGCGCUUCAGGGCUGUCACCUCUGCUUACUAUAGAGGCGCUGUGGGCGCGCUCAUUGUUUACGAUAUUAGUCGGAGGACUACCUUCGACAGUGUCAAGCGCUGGCUCGACGAACUCAGCACUCACUGUGAUACGACAACGGCGAGAAUGCUGGUUGGGAAUAAGUGCGAUUUGGAGAAUAUAAGAGACGUAAGUGUGGAGGAGGGCAAAAGCCUAGCAGAAGCAGAAGGAUUAUUCUUUAUGGAGACAUCUGCUCUUGAUGCUACUAAUGUCCAAACUGCAUUUGAGGUUGUUAUCCGGGAGAUUUACAUCAAUAUAAGCAGAAAGGUUCUGAAUUCCGAGUCUUACAAGGCAGAACUGUCAGUAAAUCGAGUAAGCCUGGUUAAUGGUGCAGGCUCAUCCAAGCAAUCUUUCUCUUGUUGUGCUAAAUAACCAAUGUUCUUUCAAGUUUUACCUUACAAUACUUCUAUUUCUAUAGGGUACCCACUUCCCUGUUAUUUUCUAUAGAUAAUUAAUGCCUGAUUCAGUCUCUCCAGUGACCAGUUUAUUUUAUUGGUUCUGGUGCUUUCAAUAAUAGAUCUGUAUCAGAUAAGAUUAUACUUGGAAGUUGUAAACUUCUUUUAUUGGUUUCUGUAUUGUUGGGUUGAAAAUAUGAGCACAAGAUUUGCAACAGGCUAAGAAGAA